AUGUCUUUCUUCAAGGCUGCUGCUGCUGCUGGUCUCCUUAUCGGAGCUGCCAAUGCCACUCCUCACUACGCUGCCUACGGCAACGGUACUGAGUACACCACCGAGGUCGUGACCGCCAUCACCACCUACUGUCCGGCUCCUACCACCCUCACCUACGGUGACAAGACCUACACAGUCACCAAGGAGACCACUCUCACCAUCACCGACUGCCCUUGCACCAUCAGCCACCCUCUCAAGCCCACAAAGCCUGUCAUCCCCGUUCCUCCCGUUGUCUACACAACUGAGGUCCUCACUGCCAUCACCACUUACUGCCCUGAGCCCACCACUCUUACUCACGGCAACAAGACCUACACCGUCACCAAGCCCACCACUCUCACCAUCACCGACUGCCCUUGCACAGUCACCAAGCCUCAGACUGAGCACUACCCUCAGCCUACCCCCGGCAAGCCCGGUCACCCCGGCAAGCCUGAGGUUCCCGCUCCUCACCCUACUGCUCCCGCUCCCGGCAAGCCUGAGUACCCCCAGCCCGGUCACCCCGAGGCUCCUCACACCACCGGCCCCGUCCCCGUCCCCGUUAACCCUACCGGCAGCUCUCCUCCCGAGGGCACUAACCCUGCCGUCGUCACUGCUGCUGCCGGCCGCAUCGCCCCUGCUGGUCUCUUGGCCUUCAUCGGUGCUCUUGCUUUCUUCUAA